CGCCUCACAAGCGGCAGGACAACGUGCCCAGUCGGUUCGCCAAACACGUUCUCUCGUGCUCUCGGCAUUCCCGACAAAGACAAAGAUAAACAGUCUCAGACACCGGUUACAAUAACAAAGGAAGUGCAAGAGAAGGGGAGAGAGUCACUAUUACUGGCCCGGAAGCGGAAAGGCGGCGGAAGUGCACUCCUCUAAACAAGGAUAUUACACAUACGCACGGGCGUCCCGAUAAGGAAAUUACUCAUACGCCACGGUGGACGACAAUGGGUACCCCGCAUGUUUGUUUCGCCGAUGAGCUGCCGCAACAGCAGCAGAAGCAACAACAGCAGCAACAGCAACAACAACAACACAUGACCGCCAGCAAUGGAAGUCUGAACAACAACAACAGUCUCAGCAAACUGGAAGUGGGCUACAACACAUCCACGCCCUCGCCGGGCGGCAGUUUAAGCGUCUCGCCAACGCCGCGCUACGAGCGCAAUCUGGGCUUCUUUCGGCAGCUGAGCCGUCGAUUCGGCCUGAGGUCGCAGGAUGACCUAGUUCAAUCGGAUGACGCAGCUGCAGUUGCAACAUCCACGGCGGCCAAGGGGGCCGGAGCCGGUGCGGGAGGCACUCUGCUGGAAGAGGAUGCCCACAGUUCAUCGACCGACUCGUGCUCCUCGGGGCGUGGCCUCAGCACCGCUCAGCAGUCGCGUCUGGAACUGAUGUCCAUGUCCUGCGCCUCCAGCGAAACGAGCAGCACCCUGGACAUCGAGGAGCAGCAAGAACAGCAACUGCAGAUUCAACAACAACAACAGCAGCAGCACCAGGAGCAGUUGCAGUCCAAAAAGAAGCCCAUUAGUCGAGCCAGCUUUUCGCGCCUGCACCGGCGCUCCACUUCGUCGCUGCGUCGCGCCUUCGAAAGCCUCUCGCUGACCUCUCGCUCGCUCUCCUGCAGCGGCCCAUCGCCGCCGCCGCCACCCUCCUCGAACCAGCAGCCAGCAGCCGCCUUGCCUCUGAAGUCAGCCCUCAAGUCCGCCUCGAACGUGGAACUCAAUAGACAGCAGAAUCAUUCGCAUCAGCAUCAGCACCCUCACCCGGCGGGCAGGUCGUCCUCCACCUCGAGUUCGGCCACCAAAGGCAAGCAAAAGCCGCCGCCCCAGAGGAUUCUGCGCCAGCCCGUAUCCUACACAUAUCUGAAGGGCAUGUCCGGCCUGCCGACGCAGCGGGUGCCGCGCAGCUCGGUCUGCUGCCAAUAUGCCAGGCGCUAAGGAUCCUCCAGGACAUCCAAAUCAUCUAUAGCUGGUAUACAAAACUCAGAUAAAAACUCCUUAUUUUUUUCCUUUAUUAAAAUUCUUUUUUUAAAUCCUAGCUUGAUAAGAUCAUUUCGAAGUAUAAAAAUUAUAAUCAUUAAUAGAUUUAAAAAAUCUACCUUAAAAUUUUAAAUUAACUUUAAAAACAGCUUAAGUACUAAAUACUUCGCUCAAGAAUUCAUUUAGCUUUUAGAAAAAAAAAAACAACAUCUACCCUGGAUCCCAAAAUUCAUUUCAAAAUCUGUGAUACAACAAUUUUCCCCCAUCCUUGAAAAUGUCCUUGAUACUCCUUCCCUUUAUCCCGAAAAAACCCGUCAUAUCCAAAAGUCUUCUCACUAACUUCGGUAAAAUUGGUAAAAAUAAAAAAAGAUAAAUUAAAAGUAAAACGGAAUUAUUGGAACGAUAAAAAUUUGAUAACAAUUUGAUUAACUUUUGCACUUACGAAGAAUAUAUAAACUAAAGUAGAAGCGUAGAAUUCGUCAUUAACAAAAUCAAUAUACACGCAUUCGUCACCGCUUUGAUGCUAGAUCAAGAUCAUGUCACGCAUACCGAAGACUGUAAACACUAAAAAAAAAAUAUAAGAAAAAUAAUAACUUUAAAGGUUUGAUUGAAUUGAGUGUAAAAGUCACAAUAGAUUUCCUUUUUGUAUAAAUUCUUAUACAAUUCGUGCCUUUAUCAAAAAAAGUCAAAGCAAACAGAGAUUCACAUGAUAAGUAUUUGUUCCGAAAAUUAAACUAAAACUAUAAAAAUAUACAAGAUAAGUUGAUGUAAAUUUCCUUUGUAAGUAUUUAAUGGGAUCAAAAAUUGACAAGCAUUUAUAUCUAUUUGUUCCGCAAAAUCC